AUGGAGGCUCGCAAGAAUCAGAGGCAAGCGCCUGUGCUAAACUUCACCGCUCCUCACAACACCGGGGAUAAUCCCGAAGAUAUUUUUGCCCUUGGGCUACGUCGGGGAUUUGAUCCCACAACUGUUGCUGCUCGUAUAUUUCACUCCGUCAAGCCACUCUCGAAUCCUUCCGGGUCGUCGAUAUCAUCAUCAUCAUCAUCGUCAUCAUCAUCACGAUCAUUGUCUUCUGAUGAUCACAUAAAUGCAAAAUCGGCGCAAAAAACAAAGAACAGGGUGGGAUAUGCUGGCAAAAGCCCUCAACACGUCCUCAUCCCAGUUCCAGCUUCGGACAAGUCUGCUACGCUUAGUAAAUUUUCCUCGAGUUCUACGUCCCUUUCAGGGGAUUACAAAGAGAAUGACGAACGAGACGGAGACCAACAGGAUGCUCUUGCCAAAAAGCUAUGGGAAAAGCUUGCUGCUCACCGCAGAACUAGGGCUAAGCUGCGGAAGAGUAAAGAGGUUAUUCGGAAGAACCUGAGGGCCUCAGAGCUUCAAGUUACCCAAGCAGAUAAUCUCUUCCUGAAUCAGGCCCGGAGGGUACUUUUUCAAGAUUCGACAGUAUCGGACGCGGAAGAAUUAUCUGAAAACAAGAAGGAUCUUCUCACCCUCUUUAACAACAUUCAAGAAGAGCGCUCAAAACAUUUUAUGCUCCAGAACGACCUUGAGGAACUGGAGGCAGACUUGAGUCGCGAAGAAGUUAGCCUGGAGGCGGCAGAAGAGGAUUUCCUGCAGCAAGUUUACAGGAAUCAGCUCGAGGCCGCGGGAGGAUUGAGAAGACCCACCGUUAAAACGAUUUUACCCAAGAAGGAGACACAGCAGGAUCUGCCCUCUAGUGCCUCACUCAGGGGCAUCAGGGCCGACCUCGCUCAAGAUUUCCAUCCACUUUACACUAGGCUCCUAAAAGCCACAUCCAGAAAGAAAUUGGAAGAAGAAGAGCUGGAGAAUCUCACAUUGGAGCGAAACCACAUCGUUCGUAUAAUCACACUAAAGUAUCUCAUCGCAUUGGCACGGCAACGUCAAGAACAGGUGGACGAUGACAGGGUGUUCGAGAUCCGCCCCGAAGACACAGAGAUUCUUGAAAAGCAGCUUAAGGAUCCAAACAAUAUCGAUAUACUGGCUCGUAGAUAUGAUAUUGAUGAAGAUGAUGUGGAAUUUCUCAAGACCUUCGAUCAACAGGUAAAGGAAGGUGAACACAUUGUGGCGAGUCUCACGGCUGAGAUUUGGCACUUGAGAUCUUUGUGCAUCGAGCGAGGCGCGAUGCCAAGGUACCCCGAACCGUCUUAUGAAUAUGACAUAAACGAAGCCUUGGGCUUACCCACCGAGCAAGUCGAAGAGGAAAUGGAGGACCCCAUUUUCAAUGGCAGAGCUUUUGUUCCUGUUGUUCACCCAGGCUAUAAACCCAAGCCUCAGCCCAAGUGGCCGAAUGAUCCUCUCAGUCUCAGGAACCCGAGAUUUUUUCUCCUGCUUUCGGACCCGAGGCAUGUUUUGGAAGAGAAAACCCCUCAAAGAGCACUUCAAGAAGCAGCACAGAGGGUGAAGAAACAACUGCCGCCAGAUGCUGCCCAAGACGAUGCAGCUGUGCGAAAGAACCACGAGGUACAGCGAUACGUGAAGGAGAUUAACAUCAACAAUCUACUGCUGAACGCCGAGCCUUCCAAAAAGGUAGACUUUAUCAAUCGCUGGCUGAUGCACAAGCUGCGCACCAGCACUGUCGAAAUGCUCGUGCUCCUGAUGGUGUCCAUGACGACUCUCAGUUUGACUAGGAUCACAAAUUGGGGAGCCUGGCAAAACGACAUUGCAAGAUUCUGGACCAGAGAUGCCGCCUUUAACAUUCCCGAGGAGGUCAUUGAUGGGCCCCGCACGUCGACGAUCAGCUCACAGGAUGACGGAGGUGAUAGUGCUUUUAGAGGAGCAGAAGCCAAUGCCGAUGUAUCAGCCGCGCCUGUUGACGACACCCCCGCUUUGAGUAGACAAAACUCUGUCAUUGAACAGCCAUCGUCUAUGCAGAGCGAUUUGGGCCAAAUGCCGAGAGAGCAAAUCGACAGCCCAACAGCUACUCGUGUCCUGAGCCAUCAUUCUGUCUAG